CCAUGCCGUGCACUUCCGGCACAGGAAAUAAACACUGACAUUACAAUCUCACCUCACACCACAGUUGUUCUCGUGUACCAAGGGGAGGGAUAAAUAUCUAGAGGGAUUUUUUCUUCAACUUGUCGUGGGUUCCCUGGCUAAUUUUUUUUAACUAACAUGGGCCGGAGGAGAAAAGGACACUGGAUGGCUAAAUGUUUGCAGGUUAUCCUGACGGUUUCUACCAUCUUGACUUUGUUUUUGACCGCUCUGAUGGCGAAUAGUGUCAGUUCAACUUCAACAACAAACUCACCACCGUUGUCAACAACAAAGUCUACUGGACAUGCCAGCCCAGCAAAAAGGCAGUCAGAUCCCAGCUGCGACAUGUUUUACAUUCUAGUGAGCACCAUUGAUGGGAAAGUGUCAGCCUUGGACUUGCACAACCAGGGAUCAGUGGCCUGGGCUGUGGAAGCUGAUUCAAAGCCGUUGUAUUCAUCUAGCUUGGCAAACAUGGAGGUGAUUCGCAAUGGCAAAAAAAUGAGGCUGAUCCCUUCUCUUGAUGGAGCCCUUUAUCAGUUUGAUGGAGACAAAGUUGAAGCCAUACCAAUGUCUGCUGAGACUUUGUUGUCCUCGACGUACAGAGUCAGCGAUGAUUCUAUGGUUGUAGGGAGCAAAGAUAUAAGAAAUUACGGAAUUGACUUCAAAACUGGAGAGAUUCAGUUCAUGUGUGGCAGCGAAGGUUGUAGCAACAGCAAAGGUGAAGCGAAAAAUGACCCCAUAGUGAGCAACGAUGUACUGGUGUUGACGCGGACCACUCAAGUUGUUCGUUGUGUGGAUAUUAAGAAUGGACAUGAAAAGUGGAACUUCAGUGUUGGCCAGCAUCAGGCUAGUUUGCCUCCACCAAUGAAACAGGAGCAGAUUGAUGAUGAUGACAUAGAUGACAACGAAGACAUGGAAGAUUCUAUACCUUUGUUCUCCAGUUUCCGUGAUGAGGAAUGCUCACCUAAGGAGUUCCUAGAAGAUCUUGACUCUGAGAAUUAUCUCCGACUGAUUGUUCCUGAGGGAAAAGUUGUUGCACUGAGUAAGGAAGACACGGCUACUGUCAAAUGGGAGCAUAAGUUCAACAGCCCCAUUGCUAAGGCAUGGUUGCUAAGAAAUGGGAAAAUUGAAGCAAUGAGUCUUUUUGAUGGACGACAUAUUCCCACUCUAGGAAAUUUUCAACCCGAGGAUUUAGAGAAUGAGAGCAUGCAUCAACCUUUACUUUAUAUUGGUUCUCAUCAGAAGUUGCUGUACAUUCAGCCGUCACCUCAGAUGGAAGCUGUGUUGAAGUCUUUCCCAAGCCGUAGGGUCGGUCAUGUGAUUGAUCCUGCAAUUAAAGUUUCCUGGAGGCCUUACCUCAACACUGACACAGGGUAUUUUCUGUAUCCUGAGUUCCGAGAUUCGCGGGCUCCCCGCGUGAAGGACAUAUUGCGCUUAGAAAAUUUGCAGCAAAAGGAAGAGACUAGUGGCUUCAUAGAGACAUUUCCUGCUGCUUUUUGGUUCUACUGGAAAGAAUUGUUUGGGAUCAGUGUUAUCCUGAUUGGGAUUCAGCUUGCUAUUUCCCGCUUUUUAGGUCCAACCCUUCCUCUCGCUCACAGCUCAAGUUCUAGCUUGGUACAGAGCAGUGACAGUCUUCAAGCAAUGUUGAGUGCCUCAGAUAGAAAGCCCAUGCCAGUGGAAGGUGUUCCAGCAGUGGAGAGCUAUGUUUCAAGAUUUGACACAGACUUUGAGUGCCUUCAUUGUCUGGGUAAAGGAGGAUUUGGGAUUGUCUUUGAGGCCAUCAACCGGUUUGAUGACCAACAUUAUGCUGUGAAGAGGACAAUUUUGCCUAAGAGUGAGGGUGCUAAGGAGAAAGUCCUGAGAGAAGUUCGAGCCCUAGCCACGCUGGAGCAUAUUGGGAUUGUGAGAUAUUUCAACGCCUGGGUGGAGUCUCCGCCAGCCGGCUGGCAGGAGGAGAAGGAUAAACAGUUUCUUUGCAGUGAUGCAUCGGGGCCCACAUCAGGACCUACCUCCUACGGUGUUCAACCUUCAUAUUCACCAAGUCAUCAAAUAUCUGCCCCUCCCAAUGCCCCAAAACAUAAGGGCGCUGCAAAAAUGAUCAAGACUCCUCCUGAUAUUGCCAGAGAGGCAGAUCUGGAAACAGAUUCCAUCGUGUUUGAAUCGAAAGAUUCCAUGGGAGGAGAGGUUCCUCAAUAUAAAAAGUCUGGCAGUGAGGAGUUUUCCGUACAUUCCUUUCUUGAUGAUAACAGCGUUGGAGAUGAGAGCAGUGUUGGCGGUCAGUCCUCCUCUCGUGCCAACAAGUGUUUGUUCCAGCUCAAUUCUUUCUCAAAGGACAGUGAACCACAGGACUGUAGUCUCUCCGACACCCAGUCCAGCAUUCCAUUCUCUGCCUAUACUCAUUCCUCCAAACAUUCCCAUGCAACUGAUCGAGAUCUGGAAGUGACUGAUGACAGCAUUGUGUUUGAAGGAACAAACAGUGCUGAUAAUGUAUUUCACAGGAGAAAUAAUGUGGAAUUGACAGAUGACAGUAUUGUUUUCGAAGACACAAACGGUGCUGCUGGUCAAUUUCAUGACCAGAAAAAUGUUUGGCUGUCUCAAAGUGAUAAUCAUGACGUUCCGCAUUCUUCAGCAGACAGUGGGACGGGCACUGAGAACAGUGGUCACUUUUCUCUCCACCACGGCCCGGACCACACUGUGGACAUUUCCCCCUCUUGCCGUGCAGAUACUGCUGAGAAACAGGGGAACAAAAAGAGUGAUUCCUCAGGGACGAAAUAUUUCUUAUACAUACAGAUGCAGUUGUACAGGAAAGAGACACUAAAGGAUUGGCUCUGUAACAACACCUUGAACAGAGGUCGCCAAACUAUUCUCGACAUAUUUGAUCAAAUUGUGUGUGCAGUGGAUUAUUUGCACCGAUGUGGCCUCAUGCACAGAGAUCUCAAGCCCUCCAACAUUUUCUUCUCUAAUGAUGGGGUGGUCAAGGUGGGGGAUUUUGGCCUGGUCACUGCCCUCAAUGUAGAGCAGGGUCAAGAAGAGAAAAAGGAGUUGUCGAAGACACCUGGUCGCCAUACAGCAGAAGUUGGAACCACUUUGUAUAUGAGUCCAGAACAAAUUGCCAGAAAACCAUAUGAUUUCAAAGUGGACAUAUUUUCAUUGGGACUGAUCUUUCUGGAACUGUGGAUUCCUUUCUCUACUCAGAUGGAGAGAAUAAGAGCCUUAGAAGAGGCGAAGAGACAGAUCUUUCCUUCCAAUUUCACCAGAGAGUUGCCCGUGGAGUGUGAACUUGUGAAAGAGAUGACUGCUGACAAAGCGGCAUUGAGGCCAGCCACAAGAGACAUCCUUGACCAUCCACUGCUGAAAGACUUUGCACCAACAAGGAUGGGUGACAUUCGGAGAGUUCGCACUAUUUCAGACAACAGCAAUAGCUAAGAUGCUUCCUGGUACAAAUGCUAUAGAGAGAUUUUCAUUUUUGUUCAACCUUUGUAUAUUAUGUCCUUAGUUUCAAUAUGUGUAGCAAAGCAACAAAAUUAGUUUCAUGUUGCACUCAGCUAUUUCAAUGUAUUGGACGAGACCUGGAUUUUUUUCACUACUGUGUUGUUUCUGACUUCUUGACUUCAAGUAAUUCUUAACUGAACAACCAAAUCUGCUUGACAUAUACUGUUUUCACCCCGUUGCCAUCCCUAGUGUUUUAUUAUUAUUAUUAUUAUUGAAAUGGGACAGGUGACUGCUUUUGUUGUGUUGCUACACGAGUAUAUGUGUGGGUGUGAAAACAUGGGGCACAAUUAUUCUGUGGUCCCUUACAUGACCCUCAUAACCCACGUUUUGUUAAAUGAGAAAAAAAAAAUUGUUUAUUCAAAGUUCAAUUGAAAUUGAGACAACUUGUAUAUGGGUUAAUUGUUGAAUGUACCACAGAUCUUUCAGCAUUUUGCAUAAAAUAUAGGGGCUUUUCCAUGUCAAAGAUUUGGAUAUGGUUCUUGUUUGGUUGUUCAGCUACAUUUUGGAAUUUCAUUAAAGUUUCCUACACCCCCUAUCUUUGGGUAUGAAGGGUCUUAGUCUCUGUGGUUAAGGACCAAAAAACUUCAAGAUCCAAAGUGGACGCUGCUCUUUUACAGACAUUUGCCUAGGAAAGUCCAGAAUUGUCUCAAACCUGAACUGAAAAAACAUAAUGAAAUCAUGUUUUUAGAAUUACAAAUGAGCAUGAGACUGGUGUUGACUUUACCUGUCUGUCGGGCUGAGGCAGAAAAUAAUUAUAGAGGCACACCCCCCCAGGGGAUUAGCAGUAGAUAUGAGCAGGUCGGGAUUGAUGGACAUAAUAUUAUUGCAAGGAAAAAAAGACUGCAAAGCAGGAGUGAUGAGUAGAUAACACACUUUGCUUGUUCCUUCAUCAUCUUAGUAAGCUUUCAUAGUGAGGCCAAAAAAAAGGUACUGUGAUAGUAAAAAUUGAGGCUGGGUGGAUACAAGUAGAUAGAGGGGGGAGAGGGGGACACAUUGUAAAGACCACGUCAUCCUAGGUCAGUUGUGGCUCCACUUAGUUUUGUGGCCUGGUGACUGACCCAACUCACUCCCAGGUGACCUACGGUAAUGACACAUUUAUUCAAGUGUUUCAACCUGGGUUGGAAAAGUCUGAUAUCAUUAGGAUGGAUGAUACCAUACCGCAUAGAAUUGGAACUUCUUGUGGCUAACUGGGAUCAAUAACAAAAUCUUGACAAGUUUUGUUGGGUUUUUUUAAUGAUAAAUGAAAUCCUUCUGGAUUGAUUGGAAGAACCGUUAACCUAUAUUUUUUAGGGCAGAAUUAAAACUGGUAUAUAUGUGCAGCUAUGUUUUCAGUAGAGUUUGUUGAAUGGAUGCAUUAUUUCCUUGUAGAUUUUUAUUUUCACUUGGAAUUUUUUUUAGGUUGGGUCAUGUGAUGUUAUAGAUACCUAACAUUGUCAAGUGACUUCCCUUGACGGGUCAUGAACACUUUGGAGAGGAUAAUUUGUCUUCCAUAUUGUCAAGUGCGUCUGAAAAAUAAUUAUCAAAGUAGUUGCUCAAACAAAAGUUGUUAUAUGUUCCUUGUAGAUCUACUGAAUGUAACGGAGUAAAUGUGAACUUCACCAUUUUUUUUGGUUGAUCAUAAUUUUGUCUUAUAGAAAAUAACUCUUGACUCUCAUAUUUAUUUAUCACCUAUGGGACCGGCGGACAAGUGUACUCGCGAAGCCCGACUGCUUCCCCGGGACUGUAGACAAGUGUACUCGAGGGCAAAGUGACCUAGAUCUGUUGAUUGUUCUCCAAAUAUACCUAUCUUUCGUUUUCCCCAUGAUUAAUUCCAUUUAAAUGUUUUGCUUCCGGUUCUUGGCAGUUAAAUGGGGGAAGAGCGAUAAAAUGAGUUAAGAAAAGGUAUUUCUCCGAACCUGAGGUGCUCGACAAAAUUAGUCUGGAAACAGACAGUGUUGACUCGGACUAUAUCAUUGAUUAUUUGGAUCAAGAGUCUUCAAAUCAAGAAGAAAGUGAUGACAGUGACAGACUGAUCUGGAAACAGUUAUCAUUGAUUGAGGAACAAUUUGUAACUCUAAAAGAAGAUCUAGAUCUCUUAGGAACUGGCUCUGGACAAAAGCGUACUGUUACAUAAUUGAUUACACCUAAGUGACUCAGUGGAAGCACUGGAAGGACCCUCGGCAACAUUUUGGAGAGAGCAACGGAGCAUCAAUGGACAUGUCCUGAGUGCAGGGAUUUUGCUUCCUGAAACAAUGAACAAUGAAGUGACUCAAACCAAAAAACUUUUUCAAUAAAAAUGUGUUUUAGCAUUGGGAAACAUAUUCUUAUAUCAGUUUGGUGAAGUUUCAUGUUUAUAACUUUACAAGAGGCUGAGUUGCCCACAGUAUAGUUUUUAGUGUGGAUUUUCAUCCAUGGAUAAGUAUUCUCAGAGGAUGGGGUUCUAAGUUAGAACUGGUUUGCAUUUACUUCCUUUUCAUAGUGUUGUAAUGAAAGCACAGGCAGGGCAGUACUUUUUGUAUCCUCCUGUAUGAUGAGGUAUUUGAGAUACAGUGCAGCCUCUCAAUAACAACAUCGUCGGGACCAGGAAAAAAUGUCGUUAUAGAGUUGUCGGUAUAGAGAGGAGGCAACCAAAAAUUACUAAUGAUAUAAAAG